GUAUUAAAAGAGAACAUUUCUCAACGGUCUCUUCCUACCGGUGCGCGCAUGCGUAGUUGCUGUUGUACGCCCGCCAUUCCUUGAAUUGUUUGUCUCCGGCUUUUUUUGUCUCAACUAAAAACAAAAAUCAUGGCUUAUAAAGGAGGUCAGAAGGUCCAGAAAGUUAUGGUCCAACCAAUUAAUUUGAUUUUCCGUUACCUACAAAAUAGGUCGAGAAUCCAAGUAUGGUUGUAUGAACAAGUUAACCUACGAAUUGAAGGAUGUAUAGUGGGUUUUGAUGAAUACAUGAAUCUCUGUUUGGAUGAUGCUGAAGAGGUUUAUAUGAAGACAAAAACCAGAAAACAGCUGGGUCGCAUACUGCUGAAAGGUGAAAACAUUACAUUACUACAACAGGUGGAUCAAAAAUGAAGAGGAUUCCCCUCCUCUCCCCCACUUGCAUCCCUGUAAAAUGCCAAACAGAAUUUGCAGUGAUCAAACUUGUACAAUAUAAAUGGACUCGCCUAUAAUUAUGCCCCAGUGUCACCAGGAUGCAUUGUCCUUGGUCAUAAUUUAUAAAGGACUCCUCGACUGUGUGUGUGGAUGGUAGCAGCUCUGUGACCAUUUCUUGUUUUAUUUCUAGAAACUCCAUUGUAGGUGUGUGUGGAAGAGUGACAGUCAUUUUAUAAAUAUUACAUUUCACAAAUUUAUUCCAUUUUAUUUUCACCUUCAAUUCAUAAAAUAAACAAAUUUCCAGCUUUU